AUGAUGAUGGCGGCGCAUGGCCACGGCCACGGCCCGCAGCCGCCUCUACACUACGCCACAACGGGGCUCGCGACGCCGGCCUUUGCCAGCAACCCUCUCCCACACGACAUCGCCCACAUCGUCCACCCCGCCCCGCAGCCGCCACAACCCCAGGCCCAACCCCAGGCCCAGCCCCUCGCCUUCCUCGAGCCCCGCGUGUCGAGCAUCCUCGUCAACCCGUACGCCUCGGCCUCCGGCUUCCCAACCGGACCAGUACCCCCGUCGGCCGCCGAGGGCGAGUGGCGCAGGCCGCCCCCGCGCGCGAUUGACACGAGACCGCCGCCCGUUGCAGGCCGCCAGAGGCCGCACUCGGCCGCUGCCGCGCACUCCGUGCCGCCCCAUUCGGCCCCGGCGAGCACGGAGCGCCACUCGCCGUCCCUCUCUGCCGCGUUCCAGCGGCGUGCAAGCGCAGCCGGUACCACGAAGCGGCGGUACGCGCACGAGGGCGGCCCGGGGCCAGUAACCGGCCUCCGCCGCCGCUCGGCCCCGCACCACCCGUACCCGUACGCCCCGCAAGCGUACGCGUUCCCCGCGCACCCGGUCGUCGUGGUGCCGCUCGCGCAUUGGGGGUACACGCCGUCAUGGGAGCACGCCGGCGUGCCGACUGCGCCGCUGUCCGCGCCGCCGCACCACGUCCCGCACGAGUACUACCGCCCCGUGUCGGUGCCGCCGAUCGUGCGGACAGCGAGCGGCACGCGCCUCUCCGCGCUGCCGGAGAUGAGCAUGCCGCCGUGGGGCGACGUCCGGCCGUGGCCGCCGCUCCUGGUCCAGGAGACGCCAGCCACUACGCCGACAACGACGCGGUACUGGCGCGUCGAGUCAGGCGGUGUCAGCAGUCAGGACGACGAGUCGACCCCCACGCCCACACCCGAGCAGCCUGAGCGCGCGACCACACCCAACUCGGCCCCACCCAACAACCCCGUCACCGCCCCCGCCCCCGUCGUCGACGUGUUUGGCCGUGUCGUCAGCGCACCGUGCCCCUGA